ACCCGUUGGCUGUAAUCCUUCAUUAGCUACUAGCUAGAAUCCUGUGCGAGUACUUUCAUCUAACUGUUAGCCGGUGUUUUGCACCUUUGUCCUAAGAAAAUGGAUAACUCUGGAAAAGAGAAGGAAGCCAUUCAGCUUAUGGCUGACGCUGAUAAGAAAGUGAAGUCUUCUGGGUCUUUCUUGGGAGGAAUGUUUGGCGGCGGGCCCCAUAGAGUGGAGGAGGCGUGUGAGAUGUACGCCAGGGCAGCCAACAUGUUCAAGAUGGCCAAAAACUGGAGCGCUGCUGGUAAUGCGUUCUGCAAGGCAGCCCGCCUCCACAUGCAGCUCCAGAACAAACACGACUCUGCUUGCAGCUUCAUCGAUGCAGGGAACGCCUUCAAGAAGUCCGACCCUAACGAGGCAAUCAAGUGUUUAAAUGCAGCCAUCGAUAUAUACACAGACAUGGGAAGGUUCACCAUCGCAGCCAAACACCACAUCACCAUCGCAGAGAUCUACGAGUCGGAGAUGGUGGAUGUUGAAAAGGCGAUUGCCCACUACGAGCAGGCAGCAGACUACUAUAAGGGAGAGGAAUCUAACAGCUCUGCUAACAAGUGUCUACUGAAGGUUGCUGCCUACAGCGCCCAACUGGAACAGUACCAGAAGGCCAUCGAGAUUUACGAGCAGGUUGGAUCCAGCACCAUGGAUAACCCCCUUUUGAAAUACAGCGCCAAAGAAUACUUCUUCAAAGCCUCCCUGUGCCACUUCAUCGUGGAUGAGUUGAACGCAAAGCUGGCUGUGGAGAAGUACGAGGAGAUGUUUCCAGCCUUCUCUGACUCCAGAGAAUGCAAACUGUUGAAGAAACUUCUGGAAGCUCAUGAGGAACAGAACAGUGAGGGUUUCACAGAAGCAGUGAAGGAGUUUGACUCCAUCUCUCGUCUGGACCAGUGGCACACCACCAUGCUGCUGCGCAUUAAGAAGAGCAUCCAGGGCGAUGAGGGCGACCUGAAGUGAAGUUACCCCAAGGGGAAGCCUCUUGGCGAGGGGACCUUCCCUGGCAUGCCUCUCCUCCCCCUCCUCCAACAUCUCCUAUUGUUUUAGUGUAAUGACUCAGUAUGGAUUCUCCAUAGACUACACUCAUGUACAUUUAGCAGCAAUGCCUAGACAGCAUCUGUAGAUCAGAAUACUUGGUUUCAUGUACCAUUUAUUUAUAGUUAUAUGGCUGUUUCUCAGUAUUAACAUCUACCAUCUAAGGUAUCUAGGGUGUGGAGCCGUUAUAACACUCCUCUGUGGAGGACAGCCGCUCACUCUCUCCUCUCUACUCUGGUCGACCAGUAACCAAGGAGAUCUGAGAGGUCCAGACCUCUCAGAUCUCUACCGAAGCAUUAUCAAGAUGUUAGCAUUGAGAUCAAGCGCCGCAUGAUUUGUACAGUUGCAAUUUGGUCUUCAGUUUCAGCAGAUGUGACUGGCUUUUAAUCUAGAGAUGAGUAACUAUAUGAGUAUAUAUUUUAAUAUCACA